AAUCAACAUUCAGUUGCUAUGGUUACCUUACUUCCCUAUCCAAGAUGCCACCAACGAGGUAUUUCACUCCCAGUGAAGUCGCAGCUCACAACGUACCGUCUGACUGCUGGAUAUCCUAUCUAGGCAAGGUGUAUGACCUCUCUCCACUCUGUGAUCAGUUCUCAGGUGACAUCUUGUUGAAACCGAUUGUGGCUAGUUCUGGCAAAGAUAUUUCACAUUGGUUCAACGAAGAAACAAAAGAUCUGAAGACACAUGUGGAUAUAAUAACUGGAUGCAUUUUCCCCUACACUCCCAUGGGCCGCUUUGUUCAUGUGCCCCCAUCCUGUCCACGCUCAGACUGGCCCAACAACUUUGGAAUUCCCUGGUGGAAGGACGAAAAGUACUUGGUUGGAGUUUUAUCGAAGAAAACCAGGCAUAUACGCAUUAUCAACACACUCACACUACAGGAACAAACUGUAGAGGUUUGUGCAGAGGAGACAAUGAAUGAUAUUCUGAAAAGGUAUCUCCCAUACAAUUCACAUGCCAGCAGUUACACAUGGAAGUACUUUGGAAAUAAUCUGGACAUGAACAAAACACUACUUGAGAAUGGAAUCAAUGAUGAAAGUGAAGAUUUCUUUGAACUGAGAAUGGACGAGGAUGAAUUCCUCCCUCCUAUUAGCCUGUACUUCAAUGACGAUCUUACAGAAUCCUAGCUGUUUUUGGUGGUCUAUGUUAUUUUGUUUAUGCACAACGUUUUGGUAAGGGUCCUUAGAACAAAACAUAAUGAUGGUAAAGAUCA